AUGUCCACAGCACAGAACCUCUCUUUCGUCCUCGAGGGCAUUCACAAGGUCAAAUAUGAAGACCGUCCAGUUCCCGAGCUUAAGGAUCCCCACGAUGUGAUCAUCAAUGUCAAAUUCACCGGUAUCUGCGGCAGCGAUGUUCACUACUGGGAGCACGGCGCAAUUGGCAACUUCGUCGUCAAAGACCCUAUGGUCCUGGGCCACGAGUCCGCAGGUAUCAUCAGCAAGGUUGGAUCCGCCGUCAAGAACCUCAAAGUCGGCGACCGCGUCGCCAUGGAACCCGGAAUUUCAUGCCGCCGCUGCGAGCCCUGCAAGGCAGGCAAAUACAACCUGUGCGAGAACAUGCGCUUCGCCGCCACCCCACCCUACGACGGCACCCUCGCCAAGUACUACACUCUCCCUGAGGACUUCUGCUACAAGCUGCCCGAGAACCUGUCAUUGCAGGAGGGUGCGCUGAUGGAGCCUCUGAGCGUUGCUGUGCACAUUGUCCGACAGGCCGGUGUGAGUCCCGGGCAGACUGUGGUUGUCUUCGGUGCUGGACCCGUCGGUCUACUGUGCUGUGCUGUGGCGACCUCGUUCGGUGCGGCCAAGGUCAUCGCCGUGGAUAUUCAGCAGCAGCGCUUGGACUUUGCGCAGGGGUACGCGACUACCUCGACCUUCAUGCCGGGCAAGGUUGCCGCGACAGAGAAUGCUGAGCGUCUGAAGGCCGAAAAUGACCUGGGUUCUGGUGCUGAUGUGGCGAUUGAUGCUUCUGGUGCCGAGCCCUCUGUGCACACUGGUAUUCACGUUCUUCGCAACGGUGGUACCUACGUGCAGGGCGGUAUGGGACGCAGCGAGAUUCAGUUCCCUAUCAUGGCGGCCUGCUCGAAGGAGCUGAACAUCAAGGGUAGCUUCCGGUACGGAAGCGGGGACUACAAGCUCGCUGUGGGCCUGGUUGCGUCCGGCAAGGUGGAUGUCAAGAAGCUCAUCACCGGCACUGUCAAGUUUGAGCAGGCGGAGCAGGCAUUCAUUGAGGUGAAGGCCGGCAAGGGCAUCAAGACCCUGAUUGCUGGCAUUGAUGAGUAA